GCACAGGUUUGGGUUCGGCCUCAAUAGAAAAAUAAAACGGAGCCCUAACAAUAUAUCUUUGCAGAUCAAGAACUACAAGAUCGCCCCUUUCAUUCUGGGGCGACAGUGGGCUCGUAUCAACAUGGGAACAAAUAACGUUAUGUAUUUAGAUUUUAUGAUUGACAGAAAAGUGACAUCUCAAUAGCUUUACCUUUUGACAAUGGCUUCCCGACCUGUAAAUUCAAAUGAAUAAAGUAAUGAAGAAGAUACCUACACAAAAUUUUCCAUAUUACCCUCAUCUGCAACCAUCUCAACCUCCAACUAACCCUACUACAUGGGGGGCAGACAUGACAUUUCACCAUGGAAAAAAAAACAUUCUUACUUUGCUUUAAAGCCAAGAAGAGAAGUUGAUGCAAAGUUGGAGGGUUUAUUCCCACAAACAUUUUCCUUUUUGACAGAAAACUCUCCCUUUUACCUACUGUUCUCUCUCACCACAAACAUUCAACAUUGUUGUUCUUGUCUUGGUUUUGUGGUUGAAUGAGCUGAAAGUUAUGGGUUCAUAGUCAAAAGUGACCAAGUUUCAGAAUGGCAUUUCUUGUAGCAGGAGUAUUAAUUAAGCUUCUGCAGAGUAUGAACACCAAUGUGAAGGUCAGAGGAGAGCAUAGAUCAGUGCUAUUACAACUUAUCAGUAUUGUACCUGCUUUAAAUGGUUCAGAAUUGUGGCCUAAUCAAGGCUUCUUUCUAAAAGUUUCAGAUUCUUCACAUUCUACUUAUGUCUCAUUGUCCAAGCAAGAUCAUGAGUUGAUCUUGAACAACAUCUUACAACUAGGCCAAUUCUUCUAUGUUGAUAAGAUGGAAGCUGGAACUCCAGUUCCAGUUCUUGUUGGGAUUCGACCGGUUCCUGGACGACAACCUUUCGUUGGGACUCCGAAGGAUCUUAUGCAAAUGAUGGAGCCAUCAGUGAGCCUAGUCCAAGAUUAUCAGGAAGGAAAGAGUGGAGGUAAAUCGAAUGAGAGAAUGAGACAUAAAUUCAUGAUCAAAGAGGAGAAGAUAAACGUUUCGUCGCGGUAUAUGCAAGGUGUUUCGUCGUUGAAUUCUAGAAGUGGUCAGGUGCAAGCAGUAAACCUGCAAAGCCGGCUUGAUGAGGCUUCUUCAAAGGCAGAAGCCCUUCAGUUCAGUGUCAAGGAGGCUGCUGCAUCGUCUAAGAACAUUCCUGCAAAAGGCACUUCAAACAAACAGGAAACUUCUAAUGCAAAUCGCUUACCUUACAGAAAAGAUAAAACUCAUUCAUCAGAGACUGUCAAAAGGAUUCUUAGAAGGAAAAACAUAGCUUCUAUGGUAGCAAUGGAAGCUCAAAAAGAGGCAAUGGCUGCAGCAUCCUUGGCCAAAUGUCUCAGUGUGUUUGCUGAUCUGUGUUCAUCAGCCUCACCUAAGAAUCCCCAACUCCCUCUCACCAAAUUCUUCACACUGCAGCAGCUAAUCUCCGAAGCGAAUUCGAACGAUGCAGUGAAGGAAAACUCACUUCUUUUGACUAUGAACUCAUCUCUACCAGAAGCAAAUAAGUCCACAAAAGUUUCCUCUUUAUUCCUGUCAAAGAGUGCUUCACCAAAGUCUGCAAAGGCAGCUAUUGAAUUAAGAGAGGAUGAAAAACAAGANUCACCAAGUUUCAGAAUGGCAUUUCUUGUAGCAGGAGUAUUAAUUAAGCUUCUGCAGAGUAUGAACACCAAUGUGAAGGUCAGAGGAGAGCAUAGAUCAGUGCUAUUACAACUUAUCAGUAUUGUACCUGCUUUAAAUGGUUCAGAAUUGUGGCCUAAUCAAGGCUUCUUUCUAAAAGUUUCAGAUUCUUCACAUUCUACUUAUGUCUCAUUGUCCAAGCAAGAUCAUGAGUUGAUCUUGAACAACAUCUUACAACUAGGCCAAUUCUUCUAUGUUGAUAAGAUGGAAGCUGGAACUCCAGUUCCAGUUCUUGUUGGGAUUCGACCGGUUCCUGGACGACAACCUUUCGUUGGGACUCCGAAGGAUCUUAUGCAAAUGAUGGAGCCAUCAGUGAGCCUAGUCCAAGAUUAUCAGGAAGGAAAGAGUGGAGGUAAAUCGAAUGAGAGAAUGAGACAUAAAUUCAUGAUCAAAGAGGAGAAGAUAAACGUUUCGUCGCGGUAUAUGCAAGGUGUUUCGUCGUUGAAUUCUAGAAGUGGUCAGGUGCAAGCAGUAAACCUGCAAAGCCGGCUUGAUGAGGCUUCUUCAAAGGCAGAAGCCCUUCAGUUCAGUGUCAAGGAGGCUGCUGCAUCGUCUAAGAACAUUCCUGCAAAAGGCACUUCAAACAAACAGGAAACUUCUAAUGCAAAUCGCUUACCUUACAGAAAAGAUAAAACUCAUUCAUCAGAGACUGUCAAAAGGAUUCUUAGAAGGAAAAACAUAGCUUCUAUGGUAGCAAUGGAAGCUCAAAAAGAGGCAAUGGCUGCAGCAUCCUUGGCCAAAUGUCUCAGUGUGUUUGCUGAUCUGUGUUCAUCAGCCUCACCUAAGAAUCCCCAACUCCCUCUCACCAAAUUCUUCACACUGCAGCAGCUAAUCUCCGAAGCGAAUUCGAACGAUGCAGUGAAGGAAAACUCACUUCUUUUGACUAUGAACUCAUCUCUACCAGAAGCAAAUAAGUCCACAAAAGUUUCCUCUUUAUUCCUGUCAAAGAGUGCUUCACCAAAGUCUGCAAAGGCAGCUAUUGAAUUAAGAGAGGAUGAAAAACAAGAAUGGGCCAGAGGAGAUGGUGCAAAGGAGAUCAAAUUACUAAGAGAUGUUUUGCUGAAGGAAUCAACAUCAUGGUUUUUGAAUUUCUUGGAGGAAGCAUUGGAUGCCGGGUUUCGUGUCGGAAAACAGGACAAGAAGGGUCGGAACAAUGCAGGGCAACAAACGGAGUCGGGCAACCAUAUUGCUGUUGCCUUAUCACAGCUCAAGCAAGCCAAUGAAUGGUUGGAGAAGUUAAAAGGAAAUUUGAGUUCAGGAGAUAAUGACUCAAGGGAAACCAUUGACAGGAUAAAGCAGAAAGUCUAUUCCUGUUUGCUUGUACAUGUGGAGUCUGCUGCAUCAGUUCUAGAGAAUAGAUUUGACCGUUGUUAAUCCAGAACAGCAAAUUCAAACUCUGUAAAUUGUAUGAUACAAUAAAUUAUCAGGAGUUUGGUCAUUCUUAUCGA